AUGUCGAGCCACCGGCCGAUGAAAUCAACGUUAGAUAUGGAUCUGUCUCUCACCCACAUGCCAGCUGGCGACGAAUGCUUUUUCAACAACCUCCGACAUCUGUCAUUGGGGUUGUUGGCCAGGAAGACCAUGAACAGGUGCCUGUCUUGCCAAAUGACGAAUAUCUACGCCUUGGCGUCCUUUAUGACUUUCGUGACAUGGCCCAUCGUUGUCAGACUGGGUUUAUUCCUAGCUGAAGGUCGCAGAGCGCAAGAGUAUUACAUUAUCGAUAAGCAGCAAGCAGCAAUUGACACCGCGCUGCAGCAGUGUGAUAUGGUGUUUGCCACUGGGCUUCGGUAUAAGACGGACAUAAACCCCGACGUCAUGUUGGUGAAGCAACUCCUAAAAGCGUCGCCAGCCAUAAUCCACAGGGCCAAGAAAGAGGCCGGGAAAGACUGCAGAGUUUUUGGACUCGGGAUAGAUGGCCAUGAUUUUAACUUCAUGGCAAUUGAUGAGAACUCCAAGUACCACAUGUUGUGGAAGAACUGGGUGGUCUAUUCAGAUCAGAUCGACAUCGUCGCAUUGAUCUCCAGAAUAUUCAAGCACACUUUACAACUGUCAUGCUCUGCUAUAAAAGACGAAUCUGAUGCGAGAGCCAGAAAUGCCCAGAACUGGCAGGAGUCCGAGGACAGUGAUUCAGAGUCGGAUGACGACGACGGCGACGACGACGACGAAUGCUUGACCACAAAAGAUCACAACCCGCUUAUGGAUCUAUUGUAG